AUGGCUGACCCGCUUUCCAUGACAGCUAGUAUUGCCGGCGUCAUCGCUCUAUCAGAUCUAGUAUUCAAGACAGUGUUCAGCUACACGUACAAGGCAAAGGAAGCGAAAAAGGAUGCUGAAAGCCUCAAAGAAGAGAUCAGCGGUCUCUCAAAUGCCUUGCGCAUCCUCGAUGCUUUGGCAUAUGAACUUGAAGCAGAGAAUGGACCACGCGAUGUAGCAUUGAACACGAAGUUACUUGACCAAUGCCGAGAGACUCUUACUGCCAUCAACCAGAAAGUGCAGAAGGCUGUCAAGGAUUUCGACGAUGCCUGCAAGUGGAAGCACCUCUCUCGGUGCAAGGCGACCAUAUCUCUGGCAGCAUCAGCAGAUUCACUAUCGAAACUUCAGACCGUUCUCUCACAUCAAGUGACACACAACACAAAGAUUGAAGAACUGGUCCAGAAAGUCUAUCAAAAGUCAGUAAUCACAGCGAGCAUUUUACUCGACAGAGAGAAACAACGCAUCCUUGAGUUUUUUAUGAAGCCCAACCUGAAUCCACAGCCCAGUCUCGAUCAGAGUAUCAAAUGGCGCCACCCGACGACAGGCAACUGGCUCCUGUCGAGUACUGAACUCCAGACUUGGUUUGCUAAGAAUGGGUCUCUGGUUUGGCUGAACGGCAUCCCCGGCGGUGGUAAGAACAUCCUGGCUGGACUUGUUAUCCAAGAAGCACUAUCACGGAGUUCAUCUGAGGUUGGAGUGGCCUUCUUCUUCUGUGAUUACAAGAACACCGAAUCAUUGAUCCCAACUAAGAUACUCGGGGCAAUUGCAUCGCAACUUGCCCUCCAGAAUGAGGAAUCGUUUGAACACCUGGAGGAAUGCUUCAACAAGCUCUGCCCCUCACGAGCGUUGUCCAAAGAACCUGAAGUAGCCGAUCUUCGAGACACGAUAGCAGCCAUGAUCAAGACAUUCCGCCAAGUACUGAUAAUUGUCGACGGCCUCGACGAGUGUGGUGAUGAGAUGAGCAAUGUCACUAGUUGUCUAUCUGAUCUCGCUGGCUUGGCUGAGCCUGCCGCUGUCGCGCUCUUUAGUCGCAACGAGAUGCAGAUUCGGUCACGGAUGGGCAAGAACUUCACCGAGAUCCCAAUCGAAGCCCAUACUGAAGACAUCGAGAACUAUGUUCGCUCAGAGCUUGGACAAAGAAUUCAAUCUUGUCGACUUUUAGUGAGGAAAUCUGAAACGAGGGACGCUAUUCAACAUGAGCUUAUUGAUAGAGCUCACGGAAUGUUCCGUUGGGUGUCUUGUCAGCUAGGUUAUUUAUGCGAGUUUGGAACAGACCAUGAUCGACUUCAAGCGCUCAAAGAAUUACCACCAACCUUACCUGACAGCUACCGGCGAAUCCUCGAAAGGCUCAAUACUCGGCCUGCUAAGAUCCGAAAGAUGGUUCAACUCUGCCUUCACUUCGUUGCCUUCUUUCCUGCACGGUUAACUGUUUUGGAGCUUUGCCAAGCCAUCUCAACGCCAGAUGAGGUUGGAGCACAACUCAGUGAGAACAACACCUACAUUGAAGAUGAUGUUAUUCUUCAUUGUAGUAGUCUCAUAAGAAAGUCUGCUGAUGGAAGAGGUCUCGAGUUCUCCCGUUUCACUGUCCGAGAAUUUCUCGAAACAGAGAUAGCGGGUCUUGAGGAGUAUAGGAUCUCGCGUCCUAACAGUACGUCGCUCAUGGCCCUGAACUGUCUAAGGUUCUUGCAACUGAAGAACAUCAAUGUUUCCGUACAAGACCAGACCAGAUUCCUCGCAGACUUAGAGAAAGUGGAUAGUUCGCUCCCGUUCUAUCGACAUGCCGCUGCCUACUGGCCCAUAACCACUAUUCUGCCAACCCACCUCCUCCAGAUUUCGCUGCUGGAGACUGGGUAUGGACUACUGCAUAGAAUCGCCUCUCUAGGACAGGAGCCACAGACUCGCUGGUUAAUGGAAGCGCUUGUCCGCAGGGGUGUGGACAUCAAUGGAAUUAACGCUAACAAAGACGAUAUUUCUUGGCGUAAUUCGCCUCUGGUCCACCAUCUACGUCUUGGUUCAACCUGCUACGCAGGCUAUCUAUUGGAAAUGGGAGCAGACCCUUCAGUGUGUCCGAACGACACCGUAGGCAUUAACUGUUUGGAUGCCCCAUCCUGUGCCGGUCUUAGAGACAAUCUCUGCUUCCUUGAACAACUACUUACAGUCUCACAAGAAUCAAAUGUGCCAGUCCGUUGGAACCGUGAGGUGUCUUUAAUCUUACCAAUGGGAAACGGUAAUCUGGAAAUACAAGUCAACAGUCUGGGUCUUGCCUCCUUUUUUGGAUACAUUGAAAUUGUCAAAUUCUUCAUCGAGAAGAAGUUGUUCACUAUCGACAUGACGUCGAAGGGUGGUGCCACUUGUCUUCACCUAGCGGCAUUGGGCGGUCAAUCGCGCAUUAUAGAAUAUCUUAUGGAUCACGAACAUCCAGUUGACGCUGUGGACGAGUAUGGGAAUUCGCCACUGCAUUACGCGGCAGUCAGCGGACAUUUGGAUGCUACGAAGAUUCUAUUGAGUAAGGGUGCACGUGAAUCGAAUGCUUUAGGUUCGUGGACUCCUAAGAUGGCCGCACAGGAACAUGGGCAUCAUCAUAUUGUCGAGCUUCUCGACAAAGAACCCGGAUGUUAUAAUGAGUCUGACCCUGACCCUGUGAGAGCUCAGCGACAUGUACGUGGACUUCUUCGCCAAAUGGAGACAGCUGUUCUUUCUAACGACUUUGAGGGCUGUCGCAAUGCAGUGAUAUCUGGGUGUCCUCUCAACGGUAUUAUGCCACAGUCUGGCUGCACUCCUCUCUUAUUUGCGCUGAUCCAGGGACGAUUUCGAAUUGUCGCCUGGCUCGUUGAUCGUCAAGCCAGCACCCUGGUACAAUGCGAUCUCUCUGAUGGCCAAAGGUCGUCUGCAAUAAAUAUUGCAGCUAAUGAUCCCAAGCUACUAGAGGUUCUUUAUACUAUGAUCCAUCGAUACACCGAGCAAGGUGGCGAUCUGGUGAAUGGGCCUGACGCACCUAUCUUUUUUGCUGCCAGGAAGAACGUGCGAGGCCUUCGAAUUUUAUUAGAUUACUUGCAAAAGCAUAUGAAACACUGGAGUCGAGACAAUACUUCAAGGAGACAAAUUCUAGAUCGCCGUUUCUUAUCACGUCGUCUCAAUACGAAUGCUUUUGAUGAAGUCACAGCGCUUCAUGUUGCUGUUCUCAAUGACAACCUUACCAGUGCUGAGCUACUUUUAGAAAACGGCGCCAAUAUCGACUCUCUAAGCGCUCAUGGCUUCACUAUAAUUGAACUAUCUCAGUCGCCAGAAAUGACAGCUCUACUUUUGAAAUCACUGGAGCAAUAG